AUGCCUGGUGAAAAAUCUUUUCCUAUGGUCAAAAUAAUGAACGAAAAAGCUGACAACUGUCAAGUCCUUCAGAUCUUUGGCGAUGCUAAAUCUCUUGAAAGUGCUUUAGGUCUAGGACUAGCAAAGAAAAUUGUCGAAUUAGCUGAGGAGUUGCCAAAAACAGCAACAUCAAAUUCCAAAUCAAAAGACUUAACUAAUGAAGCUAUUGAAAGAGAUCUUGAUUCUAUAAGGAUUAAUAUGAAUAAUGUUAUUAAAGAUGAAGAAGAGAAAAUUGGAGAAUUAAUUAAUGAAAUUGAUGAAUUUAUUUUAUUCCAAAGAAAAAAUUUUGGUGUGAUUGUGAGAGAGG